GCAUGGUGUUGGGCGCCGCGCCCGCGUCGCCGGAGUCGGGGUGCCCAGGUGAAGGCCGCAGCGAUGCUGACGCUGGCGAGCAAGCUGAAGAGGGAUGACGGCCUCCGCGGGUCCCGGGCGGCAGCCGCGGCCUCCGACUCCACCCGGAGGGUGUCGGUAAGAGACAGGCUGCUGGUGAAAGAGGUUGCGGAACUUGAAGCUAAUUUACCGUGUACAUGCAAAGUGCAUUUUCCUGACCCAAACAAGCUUCACUGCUUCCAGCUCACGGUGACCCCAGAUGAGGGUUACUACCAGGGUGGAAAAUUUCAGUUUGAAACUGAAGUUCCUGACGCGUACAACAUGGUGCCUCCCAAAGUGAAAUGCCUGACCAGGAUCUGGCACCCCAACAUCACGGAGACAGGCGAGAUAUGUCUGAGCUUGCUGAGGGAGCACUCAAUUGACGGCACUGGCUGGGCCCCCACGAGGACGCUGAAGGAUGUUGUCUGGGGAUUAAACUCUUUGUUUACUGACCUCCUGAAUUUCGACGACCCCCUGAACAUUGAGGCCGCAGAGCACCACUUGCGGGACAAGGAGGACUUCCGGAACAAGGUGGAGGACUACAUGCGGCGCUACGCUAGAUGAUCGGCGGGGCGGCAGCGGGCUGUGUCCCAGCCUGUCUCCAGCGGCAGCCUGGAGGGACCCUCCCCGGUCCUCGCGCUGGGCCGUCCCGCCCCGCGGCCGUGUGGUCUGAGGAAGACCCUCCCGGACGGCCCUUGUAGACGGCGACGCCGCAUAAAUACAGCAGCACGUGUGCUUGGGGUCUAACGCGUUGUCUGCUUCCCUAACAUGUUCGCUCUCUGAACCUGCUGUCGGGCCGCCGCGGGGCCUGAGGAGGGGGAUGAACUCGAGCCACGGCCGGAGCCCGCUUCUUCCCUCCCCGGCAGAACCAGCCCCCGCGCCCGCGGCACCGACGCCUGCCCGGCGCAGCUGCGUUUGCACGGGCCGCGGCCCCGGGGCCGGACGCGGGGUCUGGCCGCUCCGGGAGCUCAGUCACUCACUGUAGGUCUCUUACUGAAAUGCGUAUUUUAUUUAAUGUAAGUAUAUUUUGGAACAGAUUUGUAAUUUGUACAAUUUAAUGCUUUAAUUAUUUUUUUCUAUUCUCAUUUAGUUUGUACUUUCAUUGUUAUAGAGCAGACAGACAGAUGCUGGGUCCCGCAGCUCUUGCAGAGAAAUACAAAGGAAACACGAACGGCACAGCAGCCAUUCUGUCCCCGCGCAGCGCGGGGCGGGCCCCGAGAACCAGCUCUCGCGUUCGGGUCCGGACGGGGCAGGAAGUUCCGGGGCCCUUUGACAGUGGAGCUGGAGGAUUUACAGAAAGGAAAAUAGAGAAAGCUGGGGGGUCUGGGUGCCCACCUGGAGCUCAGCGUGGAGUCCCAGGGAGCCCCCGCUGCCGGGAAGCU